AUUAUUAUGACGUUCUUUCCAACACAAAAAGUGUAGUAACUAUUGUUUCCAAACUGCGUUACCCACUCCAGCCAGCAGAUGGCGAUGGGCGUCUUUCAGGUGAUGCUUCUUGCGUGACGUAUAAUGGACUGGACGGACGCUUCUUCAGGAACAACAACACGGCUACUCUUUCAACCACCUCGGUAGCCUGCUAGCCAACAUAAAACUGAACAAUUGAUUCUUUAGACCAUGUUAUUGUACAUGAGCUAAUCUCAGUGUUUUAAACACAUUUCGGUUGACGUAUCUACUGGUGAACUUUAACCUAAUGUGCUUGUUCAAUUUGCAAACUUGUUAAAGAUUGAUACUGAGGUUAGCACUAGGCUAGUCGCUAAUGCUAAAUAACUAGCUAACAUCCCUGACCAUGAGCUCACUAAACUACUCCUCCCUUGCUAAAGAAGAGGAGGUCUGCUGGACGGAGAAAGAAGCUCUGGGGCUGAACAUUGUCGUGAAAGAAGAAGAAGAAGAGGGUGUUACAGUGAAAGAAGAGAAAUCUCCGUUUGGAGUGGAAGAGGGGAUAGAGGCUGUCCCAGUGGAAGAGGAGGAGGUAGACACUUUCAGAAUGAAAAAUGAGGAAGAGGAGGCUGUUAAAGUGAAAGAAGAAGAGGAUGUUGCUGUGAAAAAAUAUAAAGAACCUUUAGGAGUGGGAGAGGGGAUAGAGGCUGCCAGAGUGGAAGAGGAGGUAGAAGCUUUCAGAAUGAAAGAGGAGGAUGUUAUUGGGGAAAGAGAGGAAGAAGAUGCUAUCUCAAUAAAGGUGAAGGAGGAAGUCGUUUUGGGAGUGAAAGAGGAGGAGACAGAAGAUCCGAUUAACACCAGAGAGAGACAUGACUAUGGUGGAUCCUCUGGGAAGCCUCAACAACAUCCUGAUGCUGACGAGGCAGAGAAGAGUCUCUCCAGAUCAGAUCACCAGAUGGACAACGCUAGCCCCUCCUCCCUCCCGGAGUCCCCGUUUCGUACCUCUCCCGGUAGCACCUUACUGCUGGGUAGGAAGAGGUUGUCUGUGCUGCUGGUGGACUGCAGGAAAACAACGGAGCUGAGUGGAACUGUGAGAGGAGGAGAAGAGAAGAAAGGAUCAGAUUUGACUCAUCAAAGAGGAAAACCGAACUUGGAGGAACCAGCGACGUCCAAACCAGCAAGACGACACCUCUGCUCCCAUUGUGGAAAAAGUUUUAACCAGUUAGUUAGCUUGAAAAAACAUGAGAGGGUACACAUAGGAGCGAAGCCACACCAUUGCUCCCAGUGUGGAAAGAGUUUUAAGCGGUUAGACACCCUCAAAGUUCAUGAGAGAAUACACACAGGGGAGAAGCCAUACUAUUGUGCCCAGUGUGGAAAGAGUUUUACGCAAUUAGGAAGCCUGAAAGAACACACGAGACUGCACACAGGGGAGAAGCCUUACCACUGCUCCCAGUGUGGAAAGAGUUUUAACCAGUCGGGAAGCCUGAAAGCUCAUGAGCGAAUCCACACAGGGGAGAAGCCUUACCACUGCUCCCAGUGUGCAAAGCGUUUUAUCCAAUUAGGAAGCCUGAAAGAACACAUGAGACUGCACACAGGGGAGAAGCCUUACCACUGCUCCCAAUGUGCAAUGCGUUUUACCCAUUUAGGAAACCUGAAAGAACACAUGAGGCUGCACACAGGGGAGAAGCCUUACCACUGCUUCUGGUGUUCAAAGUGCUUUACCCAUUUAGGAAACCUGAAAGCUCAUGAGCGAAUACACACAGGGGAGAAGCCUUACUGCUGCUCCCACUGUGGAAAGCAUUUUAACUAUUCAGGAAAGCUGAAAGAACACAUGAGACUGCACACAGGGGAGAAGCCUUACAAAUGCUCAGACUGUGGGAAGACAUAUUACUCAUUACAGUCACUUAAACAUCAUGUACGAAUCCACACAGGAGAUAAUAAUUCUCCUAGUGUGUAUAUUGAUAUUUACUGCACUAGGCUAAUCGCCCGGAACAUGAGCUCACUAAUCUCGACGGAGAAAGAAGCUCUGAUGAAAGGAGAGGAAGAAGCUUUCAGGAUGAAAAGGGAGGAAGAGGAGGCUAUCACAUUGAAAGAAGAAGAGGAUGAUAUUACAGUGAAAGAGGAAUAUGGGAAAGAGCUUGUGGAAGAGGAGGAGGUAGAAGCUUUCAGAAUCAAAAAGGAGGAAGAUGCCGUAAUAUUGAAAGAAGAGGAAGAACCUUUUGGAGUAAAAGAGGAAGAGGAGGCUAUCUCAAUUAAAGAGGAGGAGGAAGACGUUUUGGGAGUGAAAAAGGAUGAGGCUGAAGAUUCGAUUAAGACCAGAGAGAGACAUGACUUUCAUGGAUCCUCUGGGGAGCCUCAACAUCCUGAUGCUGACGAGGCAGGGAGUCGUUCCAGAUCAGAACACCAGAUGGACAACAGUAGCCCUUCCUCUCUCCCGGAGUCCCCGUGUCGUGCCUCUCCCGGUAUUGGCUUACUGCUGGGUAUGAAGAGGUUGUCUGUGCUGCUGGUGGACUGCAGGAAAACAAUGGGGCUGAGUGGAACUGUGAGAGGAGGAGAAGAGAUGAAAGGAUCAGAUUUGACCCAUCAAAGAGAAAGACCAGACUCAGAGGAACCAGAGCCAGGGAUGUCCAAACCAGCAAGAAGACACCAGUGCUCUUACUGUGGAAAGGGUUGUAACCAGUUAGGGACCCUGAAACAACAUGGGCUAGUACACACAGGGGAGAAGCCUUACCACUGCUCCCACUGUGGCAAGUGUUUUAAGCAGUUAGGGAACCUGAAACGGCACGGGCUAGUACACACAGGGGAGAAGCCAUACCACUGCUCCCAGUGCGGAAAGUGUUUCAGCCGGUCAGGGCAUCUGAAAGACCACGAGAGAAUACACACAGGGGAGAAGCCUUACCACUGCUCCCACUGUGGCGAGUGUUUUAAGUGGUUAGGGAACCUGAAACGGCACGGGCUAGUACACACAGGGGAGAAGCCAUACCACUGCUCCCAGUGUGGAAAGUGUUUCAGCCGGUCAGGGCAUCUGAAAGACCACGAGAGAAUACACAAUGGGGAGAAGCCAUACCACUGCUCCCACUGUGGCAAGUGUUUUAAGUGGUUAGGGAACCUGAAACGGCACGGGCUAGUACACACAGGGGAGAAGCCAUACCACUGCUCCCAGUGUGGAAAGUGUUUCAGCCGGUCAGGGCAUCUGAAAGACCACGAGAGAAUACACACAGGGGAGAAGCCUUACCACUGCUCCCAGUGUGGCAAGUGUUUCACCCAGUCAGGGGAUCUGAAAAAACAUGAAAGAAUACACACAGGGGAGAAGCCUUACCACUGCUCCCAGUGUGGCAAGUGUUUUAACCGGUCAGGGAACCUGAAACAACAUGAGAGAAUACACGCAGGAGAGAAUCCUUAACACUGCUCCCAGUGUGGAAGGAGUUUUAACCAGAGAAACAGCCUGAACCAACAUGAGAAAAUACACAGAGGUGAGAUGCAUUACCAUUCCUCCCAGGGUGCAAAGCAUUUGCCCAUUUAGGAAGCCUGAAAGAGCAUGACACAGAGGAGAAAGCUUACAAAAGCUUAGACUUUGGGAAAACAUAUUACUCAUAACAAUCACUUAAACGUCAUUCGAGAAUCCACACAGGAGAGAGAAAUUACUUCUCUUAGCGUGUAUAUUGAUAUUUCACGUCUCAUUUUUCUUACAAUUCAUCAGAGAACAUACACAAUGAUCCCGUUGUCUUAUAUUGUUGCCUUAUAAUGUGUUUACCUGUUUUUACCAUAUGAAAUUGCUUCUUCCAAUUAUUGAUAAACAUGUACUGACUGUUAGAACUGUUCCAUGGAUUGAUGAGGAAUUUAAAAACUGUAUGUUUGAAA